UUUUGGAGAGUUUCCUUACGAAGAGCGCUCACAAAAAGAAAGGAGGCUCAAUUGUGAUCUUAUGAUUCCGGCAAACAGAUUAAGCCACGAUGGUCCUCACCAAUGUAAGGAAAGCCAUAACUGUACGCAACGAUGUCCUUACUGCGAAUUUUAUUGUAAAGAAUUAUAUGGACACCAUGGACCACAUGAAACUACCCACGGAAGCAUGAAGCCAAUGGUUUGGGUAGGCAUUACCAAAACUAUUAGCUAUAAAAAACAUACUUAUAGAAGUGGGGAUUCAGGGAGUCCUGUCUACUGCGACAUGCUGUGCAAAGAUGCCAAUCGUCACCUUCAUGUUGAUUAUUGUCCCGACGAAACGACAUGUAAAGCUUCAAAAUUGACGAAGCGGAAGGAUCAGAUUGAGCACAUUAAUGAUAAAAUUGAACCAUACCCAAAAAAGCCCAAAGAUUAUAUCUCACAUCGUCUAUAUUGGAGUCGAUCAGGUUUCCGAGAUCCUUAUGAAUCAGUCGACGAACAGAAACUCUUUACAAGUUGUGUACAUCUUUGUGGCAGCGAUGUACAUGCUAACAAGGAGAAAUACUGUUGCACAUUGCCAUUAUUUCAUGAUCCUGUUGACCCUAACACACAGGUGGCGAAUG